CACACGCACACACACACUCAAAGUCGAGAGCUGCGGCGAGAUGUGCUCGGACGGGGAGCGCGCGACGACGGGUAGCUCAGGUAACGGGAAGUUGCGGCAGUGGCUGAUCGAGCAGGUGGACACCGGUAAAUACCCCGGCCUGGUGUGGGAGAACGACGAGAAGAGCGUGUUCAGGAUCCCGUGGAAGCACGCGGGCAAACAGGACUACAACCGAGACGAGGACGCAGCACUGUUCAAGGCCUGGGCUGUGUUUAAGGGUAAAUACCGUGAGGGCAUCGACAAACCAGACCCACCCACGUGGAAGACGCGCCUGCGCUGCGCCCUCAACAAGAGCAACGACUUCGAGGAGCUGUUGGAGCGCAGCCAGCUGGACAUCUCUGACCCUUACAAGGUGUACAGGAUCGUUCCCGAGGGGGCUAAAAAAGGGCCCAGGUCAUUGGAUGACACUCCACCAAACACAAGCCCACCCAGUUACCCACUACACCCCUCCUAUGCACCCCUCCAGAGUCAGGUAUGUAACUACAUCUCUCCAGUAGAGAGGAGCUGGCGGGAUUACCUCUCAGACAAGCCCCCUAUAUCAGACAUCCCCUACAACCAGAACCCUUACACCCCUCGCUGGGACACAGGCUACCAGUUCAGCGGCUCUUUCUACAGCUGCAGCGCCUCAGAGCCUUUACCUUCUGCAUUUACAUUGGACUCCAGCAUGAAAUCAGCAGAAGCCAUGGCCCUAUCAGAUUACCGUCUCCAGGUGGCAGUGUUUUUCCGGGACGCUUUAGUGCGGGAGAUGACUGUAAGCAGUCCAGAAGGCUGUGUGCUGGGCGUGAGCAGAGACGGGCUGCCAUAUGGAGCCUCUGAAGGCCCAGAGCUGGUGGAGCUUCCUCAGGUGGAGCGGGGUGCUCUAGAGCAUGGUGUUCUCUUGUGGAUGGCACCGGAUGGGCUUUAUGCCCGCCGCCGCUGCCCAUGCAGGGUCUACUGGGAGGGAGGCCACACAGCGGCCAGCAACAAACCCGGCAAACUGGAGAGAGAACAGACCUGCAAACUGCUGGACACUCAGCUCUUCAUCACAGAGUUACAGAGCUAUGCUCUGCAUGGACGUCCUCCGCCCUUUUCCCAGGUACUCCUGUUCUUUGAAGAUGACAGCGCAGAGCCACAGAGGCCAAGAAGGACCAUAACAGUGCAGGUGGAACCCUUGUUUGCACGCCAGCUUCUUUACCUCACCCACCCGAGCAGCAUGAACUACAUCCGCAGUCACAACCUUUCACCUUUGCCUCCGGAGCACGCCAUUCCCUCCAGCCAGGACUUCCACAGAGUCAUUACCCAUCACCAUAGCAACAGCCUGUGAAAUUCCUAAAA